UAAUCUCUGAUGGUUGCUUAUUGACUCUAGAAAAAACAGAAUCUACUCAGUGAAAAGACCUCUACAUCCUGUUUGCAGGCAAACUUGAGGGAGAAGCUCUCACCUCCUGCAGCUCUCCCUGAAACCCGAAGUUCCCAGAGCCUCUCUCAGCAAUGGCUAUGGUAUGUCUUUCAGACUUUGAAGCCUACGCUAAAAAGUAUUUACCCAAGAUUGCUUGGGAUUAUUUUGCAGCUGGAGCAGAUGACUGUAACACACGGGAUGAAAACAUCUUGGCAUAUAAAAGAAUUCGUUUCCGGCCACGUAUGCUGCGGGACGUAUCCAUGAUGGACAUUAGGACUAAGAUCCUGGGGACUGAAAUCAGCUUUCCUGUAGGAAUUGCCCCCACUGGCUUCCACCAGCUAGCAUGGCCUGAUGGAGAGAAAAGCACAGCCAGAGCGGCUAAAGCCAUGAACACCUGUUACAUUGCCAGCACAUACUCCACCUGCACGCUGGAGGAGAUCUCUGCGGCUGCUCCCGGGGGCCUCCGGUGGUUCCAGCUCUACAUCCACCGCAAUAGGGCAGCUUCCCGUCAGCUGGUCCAACGAGCAGAGGCCUUGGGUUUCCAGGCACUUGUCCUCACUGCGGAUCUGCCCUACGCGGGCAAAAGACGGGACGAUAUCCGCAAUGGUUUCUGCCUUCCACCCCACAUGAAACUGAAGAACUUGGAACAAGAUUUUGAGGGAGAUGACCGUUCUGAGUACGGACUGCCACCCAACAGCUUGGAUCCUUCCAUCACCUGGAAUGAUAUCUACUGGCUGCAGAGCCUGACCCACCUGCCCAUCAUCAUCAAAGGCAUCUUGACAAAAGAAGAUGCAGAGCUGGCAGUAAGACAUGGAGUUCAGGGAAUUAUUGUGUCCAAUCAUGGUGGAAGACAACUGGAUGAAGGACCUGCCACUAUUGAUGCUCUGGUUGAAGUUGUGGAGGCAGUACAAGGCAGAGUUGAAGUUUAUUUAGAUGGUGGAAUAAGAAAAGGAAGUGAUGUGUUAAAAGCACUGGCACUGGGAGCAAAAUGCGUCUUUAUUGGAAGACCAGCUUUGUGGGGUCUGGCUUACAAGGGUGAAGAAGGUCUCCAGGACGUUUUGAGAAUUUUGCAGGAUGAGUUUCGUUUGUCGAUGGCCUUGGCCGGCUGUGCCAGAGUCUCAGAGAUUGGCCGACACCUGGUUCAGUUGUCCAAGCUGUGAACAGCCUCCUGCAACGCCCACCAAACAGAGGCAGCUCAAGCUGAGGUCCCAACCAGAGUGAAGACAGAAAAAGAAGGAGCAAUAAGUAUAUGAUAAGGCCUUCAGGAAACCUCUGAGGAGAUUAGGAAAGUCUCCGUGUUAGCAAAGGCUGUGCUCUGCUUUUAUUGAGACCAAUGAAUUCCUUAGCAGUUCGAGUAAUUUUUACUUGCUUAAAUACAUUUGCUUUAAACUGGC